AUGGAUAAGACAAAUUAUAGUAUAAAGAAAAUGUUUACAUAUUCUUCUUCUAAACCUAAAAUUUUAAGUUUCCUAGGAAUAGUUCUUAUCUGUAUUAUGAAUUUAUGGAUAUAUAAGAACAAAGGAACAUCGAACUUUCAUGAAGGUAAAGUACAUCGUAGAACAUUAUCAGAUAAUAAUGCAAAAAAAGAAGGUAGAUCAGGUAUUGAAAAGGUAAAAAGCAAAUCACAACAUUCUCCAUGUAGUAUUAGUAAUAAUGCUGCAGUAGGAUAUUAUGAUUAUUUAAAAAUAUAUAAUGAUGGAGAAUGUGAAAAAGAAUUAAGUGAAUCAGAUAUGGAAUUAUUAAACCAGGAAAAUGAUGGUUUUUUAGAAGAUAUGUCCGAUAGUAUAAAUAAACAAAUAAAAGAACUAGAAAAUGUUCCAUCAAAGGAUAUUAUUCGCAAUAUUUGGUUUAAGGUACAUUGUAAUGAGAGAAAUAAAUUUCAUUCUCUUAUAUAUAGUAUAAGAAAAAUACAUGAUAAAUAUUUUAGUGAUACCAAUAAAAAUGAAGAACUUGGUAAAAAAGUAUGGAAUAAAUGUUGUGCUAUAAUUACUGAAGAAUUAUUAAAAUUAGAUAGUAUUCAAAAUAGUCAAUUUCAUAAUUUAAUGCAACAAGAAACAGUAACGCUUCAAGAAUUUGAAGAUUUUGUUAAAUUUAGUGUGAAUGGAUAUAAAAAUACAAAAAAAGAAACCAAAAAAAUUUGUAUUAAAAAAUUAAAAAAGGCAUUAAAUCAGAGAUUAUAA